UUCUUUUUCUUGGCGUAACCAUUCCUCAUUCUGCAAUCCGAACUCCACAUUCUCUCGUGCUCAAUUUCGUCACUCUCACCGCUCGACUCGACCGUCCUCUCGUUCUUCGUCCCGUCAAAGAAAAUGCCGAACCCCAACAACCCAAAGGUUUUCUUUGACAUCACCAUUGGUAGCUCCCCCGUGGGGAGGAUCACCAUGGAGCUCUACGCGGAUACCACCCCGAAGACCGCAGAGAACUUCCGAUGCCUCUGCACCGGAGAGAAGGGUAUUGGAAAGAGCGGCAAGGCCCUGCACUUCAAGAACUCUGCUUUCCACCGAGUCAUCCCCGACUUCAUGUGCCAGGGAGGAGACUUCACCAGGGGUAACGGAACCGGAGGAGAGUCCAUUUACGGAGAGAGGUUUGCCGAUGAGAACUUCGUCAGAAAGCACACCGGUCCUGGUGUUCUGUCUAUGGCCAACGCCGGAAAGGACACGAAUGGAUCGCAGUUCUUCCUGUGCACCGUCGCCACUCCAUGGCUGGACGGCAAGCACGUCGUUUUCGGACAGGUGGUAGAGGGCAUGAACGUCGUCAAGGCGAUUGAAGGUGUUGGUUCUUCUCUGGGAAAGUGCAAGCAGCCCGUCGUGAUCGCUGACUGCGGUCAAUUGUCAUGAACUGUAUCUUUGUAGUCACGUUGGACUUCUAACUUCCCGAGAUACCCACUCCGAAUAUAGCUUAAUGAAAAAGUUGGGAUCUUCAUUUUGACUUCCUGAAUCGCGCUCACUGUCACAAUGUGUUCAUUAUGACAGUGCGGAUCUCGCACUUACUCGCGGGAAACUAUCUAUGCAUUUCUUUGCCUUGAUCAACAGUGAUGUAUAUUGCGCUGGACGGUUUGAAUGCGAGUAUGACUUUUAACCUCCCCAUGUCUAUGACAUGCUGGUUUUCUUUCAAGGCGAGAGUCGUUAUCAUCUUUUCCUUUUCAAAGCAUGUCACCUGGUAGUCUGUCGCGAGUACCGGCGAGACAAUAGGAACGUGUCGGAAAACUUGUGACGGUUCAUGGGCCGAAAGAUCAUUUUGAAAUUUUACACCUUUUGAACAAUUCCAAACUACUUGUACGCUUGGUAUUCUGACAAACAUGUGCAUAUGAGAAAUAUUUGAGAAUUUCGCUGCACUUGUGAUCAGGUUUUUUUGGGUC